GCUACCGCGGUAGGUGCUUUGGCUUAGCUGCUCGCGGUCACGAAUGGCGUCCAAGGCGUCGCUCUUCCUUGCCCUCAACCUCGUGCUCUUCGUGGCCACCAACGCCUGUCCUUACUGCGGCCCGGGCAACAAUGGCGGCCACGGUGGCAGCAGGGGUAGCGGGAGCCACGGCGGCAGCGGGAGUCAUACCGGCGGAGGCGGCUACGGGCCGGGUGGCGGCAGUAGCGGCGGCGGCAACGGCGGUGGGUACGGCCCGAUCGGCGGCGGCGGCAGCGGUGGCAACGGCGGUGGAUACGGCCCCAUCGGCGGCGGCAGCGGUGGUGGGAUAGGCCCGAUAGGCGGCGGCGGCGGCGGCGGCGGGAUCGGACCCAUCGGAGGCGGCAGCGGAGGCGGCAUCGGGCCCAUCGGCGGCGGCGGCGGCGGCGGGUACGGCCCCAUCGGUGGCGGCGGCAGCGGCGGGGGCAACGACGGCACGAGCGGGUGGUACGGGCACUGCCCGACGAACGCGCUGAAGCUGGGCGUGUGCGCCAACGUCCUGGACCUGAUCAAGGCCAAGGCCGGCGUCCCCGUUGACGAGAAAUGCUGCCCGCUGCUGAACGGGCUGGUGGAGCUGGACGCGGCCGUGUGCCUGUGCACGGCCAUCAAGGCCAACGUGCUGGGGCUGAACCUCAACAUCCCUGUCAACCUCAGCCUCGUCCUCAACUUCUGCGGCAAGGGCGUCCCCUCGGGCUUCAAGUGCGCCUAGUCAUGCACGCUCAUGCUCAUGCUCAUGCGUUAGCACGUUUCAAAUUUGGGCGCGUGCCAACGUAGUACCUGCUGCAUGGGGGAUUGGUAAUAAGCUUGUCAUUGUUAAGUUGCCAUUGCGUUAUUGUUAAUUAGUUUCGUUUCAGCUAGAGUUAAUCAAGUCGUCAGUGUAGCAUGUAGCUGCCUUUGCAUUUGAAGAGCGAGGGGUACAUGGUGUCCAGGUUCAAGUUCAUGGGUACUUGUACUUUCUCCAUUUCGUUUUUGAAUUCACAUUCAGAUUUGAAUUAAGAAAGGUGCACGGCUCCUCUCCUUUGUCUAGGUUUCCUUCA